AUGGAUUUUGAUGUAAAAAUAACUGGAAACUCGGACGAAGAAUCAUCGGAAGGGGACAGUAUCAGUGACGAUCUUCAAGGUAUAAAUGGAAACGAAGUUUUCAACGAGUUUGGAGGGCAAACGAUUCCUAUAAGCCGCUGA